AUGCGACGACACUGCUGGGUGAUAGUGCUGGCGGGGAUGUUGUCGUACUUGAACCCGGAGAGAGCCCUUGGAGCCCCGCAGAGAGAAGGUGAGUGGUGUCGGAGGGAUGGAAUGAUAUUGACGCUGGGAGAAAGAAGCGAGGGGGGUAGGAGAGGGGAUAGAUGAGAGGGUUAUAAAUAGGUAUUGGGAAAUAUUACGGCCGAACCACACUGACACAGCCUCAUAACAAUAAUACGAAAUAUUUUAUAUUUCUUGGCUGAUAUGAUUAGGCUAUGGUAGGCUAUAUGCCUUUAUAACACUGGGAUGAAGUCAAAAAGACAAUGGCCACAUUAUUAUCAUCAAGUAGCCUGGAGAACUCGGUAGGAUCUGCGACCCUAUUUCGGUGAUAUUUAUCAAUAGCAUCGAUGGCAUGUGAAAACGGGAAUUCGACCAAUGAAUAUUAAAUUAAUCGCCACUGUAUCAUUCAUGUGUAUAUCAAACCUAUAUAAGACCACUUGGGUUUAAUGAUUAAAAUUAGCAUCUUUGAAUUUCCAUUUGAAAUCCACAAGAUCCGUUUUAUUUUGUCCCCCUUUUAUUAGGCAUCGCAGAGUGUUUUGUUUGUGUAUUGUAGUUUGCAGUCAUGGUGUUCUGGUGUAUUGUUUUGAUAAGAGCUAUUCACUGGAGCUGGUGGAAUAGGCCCCGGCUAUGUGUACCUAUUUAUAUGCAGUGUCUGUCUGGACAGCUGUCUAGGGAUAGAAGAAUAGAAUUACCCAGGAAUUGUGCACCUAUACUGCCGAUGGGUAGGCUACAUAAAAUAUUAUUGUGUUCUACAUAGACUCAUGUAAAAUAAUUUCAUAUAGGCCAACAUGUUUUUCCUAUUUUAACAGUUUCCAAUGUAAUUCUACCACCAGGCCAUAGGCUUGCAUAACCUGCAGUCCAGUACAUAAGUCAAGGAAAUUAUUACACGUUUAUGAUGAGCCAAUAAUGAAUGAAUCUUUCUCUAAAAUUCAUACUCAUGGCUUUUAGCAGCUUUUCUGACUUAUACUUUACAUGUCACUCUUGAAUUUGUUAGAAUAACAUAGACCAUGAUGUUUUUAGGCCUUCAUAGAGGUCUGAGGGUUUUUCUCAGAAAACAGCCAUUGGAGGAUGGAAUCAUACAACAUAUAAUUUAUGAGCUGAACACAUCCUUAAUGCUAAUUAUAAUGUUCAAACAUGUUAUUUAUAAAGCAGUGGUCAAAGCGCUUCAUAAAUGCAUUUUUUAGGGUAACUUGCAUUUCCCACUCAUGAAUGACCUCAUGAAAAUAUUCCAUUGAUCAGAAAAGCCUAUUUGUGAUUGGAUUCCCUUUCAGUGUGUUAUUGGACAUCCCUGUAAGAUUUGUGUACUCUCUAGAGUGAGAGGCAGAGGAGAGGAUGUGCCAAAAUUGUUAAUCACAGUUAGGCUUACACAUUGAUCUACCAACAGGGUAAACAUCAAUUAAAGCCUUUUGUUUUGACUAUUAUUGGACUGUUGAUGCAUCUUCACGCCAUGCUUUCAGGAAUCAAUGAUCUCAUAAAAUGGAUGGGGAGACGUACAUUUGGUUUUGCAUUAUUCAUUACUGUGUCGUAAUAGUGAGUCAAUAUCUAGAAGUAGUGACGAAUACGGGGCAUGAUCGAAUAGGAUGAUGAGGGGAAAACAGAGUAGUUCUGGUACUUGUGUUUUCAGGUACCAAUGACACUGAAAAUGCUCAAAUUGUGGUUGAUAUUCAUAAGUACUGUUCUGGAUUGACACUUGACCUGCAAGUGUAUUGACAAGUACGUGUACUCAGAGGUUUACCUUUGGGAGUUUGAGAAGUGUUUUUGUAAAAUUGUAGAUGGGGAAAAACAAAUAAUAUUGGCAACAAGUUCAUCUAGAAAUAUGCAUAUUUCUCAAUAAUUUCUGUUACGUUUUUAAUUGUAACGAUGCUGGUUUUGAUUUGAGGGUUUAAACUUUAAAGGUACAACAAACAAGUAAGUAGUUCACUGUUGUGAAGGGUUUUUAACCACCCUGCCCUCCCCCUUCUCUUUUUCACAGAUGGUUCGCUCCUCACAAACGGCCAAGUUGAGGUACAAAAAAAAACUAAAAAACGCCCCAACCUCCUCCUUCUCACCUAGGUAGCCUACCUCCCUGAUUUGAGUGAUUAUUUUCCAAUUUUCCAACCCUGGCCCCGGUAUCAAUUUCCCCAAAAUGACAACGCCACCCCUCCCUUCUUUUCAACUGUGUUUCCUGGAAGGAAUGUUGUUUUUUGGUACCCCCUCCCUCCUCCCCCUUCUUUCCUAACCGGAAUGGUAGACUUCCCUGAUUUUAACUUGAAUUCCGAUCUUUCCUCUCUUUUAUUGAUUCCGAAGAUGGUUUCCUGACUUUCCUCCAAAGUUAAUUUCCUUUUCCUGCUUCUCCCAAAACCCCAAUGACAGUUGUUCAUUGGGGAUCCUCCGCUUUGUCUCAAACUUAACUCGAUUGAAACAAUUCCAAUGGUUUUCCUCCUCAAUCUCAAUAUGUAACAAUGACUUUGACCCUUUUCAACCCAAUUCUCUGAAGCCUCUCUUUCCCCCACUCACUCAUCCACUCACCAGCACUCCAACCUAACAACUGUGUGUUUCCUUCAGGAAGUAUUAUCUGACCAAUUAACCGUAUUAACCUUUUCCUCUGCUCCUUUUCUCUCCUGCCAUAUCUCAGUCUCUCAAUCCAGGGCUGCGUCUCUCUCUUCUCCGCCCUACGUCAUCAUUCUCAUCUCUUGCUCGGGGCUCGUCUCCUUUGUUUUACUGCUCCUCACCUGUCUGUGCUGUAAGAAGGGAGGAGUGGGAUUCAAUGUAAGUCUCCAUCAUGUAAGAGACUUAUUCACACGUCUUGUCUAUUGUGUUGCACUGUCUUGCAUGCAUGUUGUGUAGAUCGAUGGAUAUAGGGUUCAUAUCACACCCUUAGGGAAACCGUAAACAUUGAGGGCUGUAACAUUGUUAUAGCGUAUGGGAAUGUCCUAAUUUGUCAUGGAAGGGCCCAGCACCACAGGGACAGUGGGCAUCCCCGUCAUUCAAACCCUUUAUGGAUCUAUUGUCUUUGAAUGUGUGAUCUUUAGAUGGUUCAUUGGUUCUUUGGCUGCAUGUGCGGCACCACAUUUUACCACAAGUAUUACAGAUGUUGCAUGAGCCAGAAAGCUUAGGGUCUGUUUACAUUUAAUAGAUUUAAAAAGGGACUAUAAAGGUGUCCUCAUUAUAAAUCCAGAUAGGUAUUUCUUUUCAGCCAGCACACUGGGUGCAUCUCAAUUAUCUAAAGUCGCUCCCCUCCUUCAUCUAAACUGAUGUGAAAACACAGGCAACAAGGGGAAAGUAAUAUGGUGUCUUCCCACCAGUUAUUUGUUUACACUUGCCCAAUUUCUUUAGAAACGUAAACCACUUUAGACUAUUGACACACACCCACUAGAAAAGCGGUCACCAACCCUCAUCCUGGAGAGCUUUGGGUGUGUAGGCUUUUGUUCCAGGACAGGCCAGAACCAACACACCUGAUUCAACUAAUCAACUACAGUAAUCAGCAAGAGUUUGAUAAACUGAAUCAGGUGUGUUGGUGCUGGGCUGGAACAAAAACCUGUAAACCCUGUAUCUCCUGGGACCAGGCUUGGUGAUUACUGCUUUUCAAACUUACAAUAUCUCUAAAGCUUCCACGCUUCCUCUGUUCUUUCCUGUCCAAUCAGGAGUUUGACAAUGCAGAGGGGGAGGAGUGUUCUGGGGGUUCUAGCCCCGUCCAGGAGGACAGUCUGUCUUCUUGCCCCUCCCUCCCGGAGGUCUACACCCUCCCACUCAGGGACAGGGCUAACUGCCCUGCCCUGCAGGAUGGCUCAGGUAACUAAGGCCCACUCUCUGUAGCUGGAGCUGAUGGCAGUAAAUAACACAUUAAUAUUACGAGCAUGAUGAAUAUCAGAAAGCCCCAAAUAAUGUGUCUUUCUCUUUCCAUCUCCUCUCUAUUCUGUCUCUAAAGACUCUAAGUCGAAGAACUUCCGUAGGCACACUCUCAACUACCUUCAGGAAAUAGGAAAUGGCUGGUUUGGAAAGGUGAGAUCACCAUCCCUACCUCCACCCUCAGUUGUGACGUCAUCAUGUAAUGGUGGUAGCUGGAUCUGGCAGUUCUUCCAAAUGUCUCUCAACCCCAUGUUUCCUCUAAAAGACACAUCCUUUUAACAGCUUCUCAGUAAAUCUAAUGUUGGCUUCCUACCAGUUCUCAUCAGUUAUAUCUUUCUUCCUACACCACUAUAUUUCUGAUCCCCCCCCCCCCCCCCCUCUCUCUCCCUCUCCCUCUCUCUCUCUCCCUCGCUCUCCUUCCUUCUCCUCUCUUUCCCUCCUCUCCCCCGUCCCACAUCUCUCUUUCUCCUUCCAUCUCUCUCCCCCUUCCUCUCUCUCUUUCCACUCCUCUCUCUCCUCCUCCUCUCUCUCUUCUCUCUCCCCUCUUCCCAUCUCUCUCUUCUCUCUUCCUCCUUCUCCUCCCUCCCUCUCUUCUCCUCUCUCUCUCUCUCUCUCUCUCUCUCUCUCUCUCUCUCUCUCUCUCUCUCCUCUCCUCUCCUUCCUCCUCUCUCUCCUCCUUCCUUCCUUCCUUCCUUCCUUCCUUCCUUCCUUCCUUCCUUCCUUCCUUCCUUCCUUCCUUCCUUCCUUCCUCCUUCCUUCCUUCCUUCCUUCCUUCCUUCCUUCCUUCCUUCCUUCCUUCCUUCCUUCCUUCCUUCCUUCCUUCCUUCCCUCCCUCCCUCCCUCCCUCCCUCCUUCCUCCCUCCCUCAGGUGAUCCUAGCGGAGGUGCUGUGUGACUGCAGCUCCUCCCAGGCCGUGGUGAAGGAGUUACGGGUCAGUGCCAGCCCUCUGGAGCAGAGGAAGUUCUUGGCUGAGUCUGAGCCAUACAGGUCAGAGAAACUGCCAUUUUGUGUCAUCAGACACUUUUAUUUAAGUUAUUUGUUUUUGUGGUUUCCUGAGUGUACAAAACAUUAGGAACACCUACCUAAUAUUGAGUUGCACCCCCUUUUGCCCUCAGAACAGCCUCAAGUCGGGGAAUGGACUCUACAAGGUGUCGCAAGCGUUCCACAGGGAUGCUGGGCCAUGUUGACUCCAAUGCUUGCCCACAGUUGUGUCAAGUUGACUGGAUGUCCUCUGGGUGGUGGACCAUUCUUGGUACACACAGGAAACUGUUGAGCGUGAAAAACCCAGCAACGUUGCAGUUCUUGACACACUCAAACCGGUGCACCUGGCACCUACUACCAUACCCCGUUCAAAGGCACUUACAUCCUUUGUCUUGCCCAUUCACCCUCUGAAUGGCACACAUACACAAUCCAUGUCUCAAGGCUUAAAAAUCCUUAUUUAACCUGUCUCCUCCCCUUCAUCUACACUGAUUGAAGUGGAUUUAACAAGUGACAUCAAUAAGGGAUCAUAGCUUUAACCUGGAUUCACCUGGUCAGUCUAUGUCAUGGAAAGAGCAGGUGUUCCUAAUGUUUUGUACACUCAGUGUAUAUAAAUCACAGUAACUUCACAGUUAACUCCCAACCUGUAUAUCACUCUGAUUGAUUUGGUGCUGUUUGAAAAAACAUCUACAUGGACCAAGUCACAUCAGUAGAUGUGUUUUAAUUGUUGUGUGUCAUAUUGAGAUGCUGGUAGUUAGAGACUGCAUGCUGCAUACAAGUGUUGCAAUGUUAGAACUGUAACUUGGAGUGACGGAUGUUGGUGGGUGACUACUGGUCUGACCUAUUUAUUAUGCUCAACUUAGAUUACAAUGACACUCUCAUACACACUUACAGUUGCCUCUUUCUCUGUCACAUAUGGAAACACAUGUUUCUCUUUCAUCUUUCUCUCUCACUCCUCCUCUCUCUAGCUCUGUCUGUUUUCUUUCGUCCUCUCCACUUUCUCACUAACACACCCACCUAAGUAAACACACACAAACAAAUGCGCCCAGAUGUUAUCCCCCUCUCUGCUCUUCCCUCGCUCACUUUAACUGCAUAUCCUCUGCUGCAUUGCCUCUCUCGGUUUCAUAAUCUUUCUCUCUCUCCCCUCUCUCUCUCCCCCCUCUCUCUCCCUCUCUAUUUUCUUGCCUUCAGGAGUCUCCAACAUCCCAACAUCCUUCAGUGUUUGGGCCAAUGCAGCGAGAGCAUUCCCUUCCUGCUGGUCAUGGAGUUCUGUCAGUUGGUGAGGGCCAUGUUGUUAUUACUACUAUUAUGGGAUGGAGAAGAAGAGGAGGGCCCACUGUAGAGGAGAUCCAAAGAGAGGCCAUUUUGUUUUGGAACGGAUACAUUUACUCCAUUCCUCUAGGAUUGUUUGGUCUCCUCAUUGUGUUUCAAUCAGAGACUGAUUGAUACCUGAGCAACCAGCUGAUUGGACUGUCUGGUGACUGGUCAAUAAAUGAUUCAAAUGGAUCAAUUAAGUGACAAACACCAGACUAUAGCUUCCGUACAUGGAAACAUAUGUUUGGUUAGUUUUCUUUUUCCCCAUCAAAUAACCAUGUAAAUACUUGGUGACGUUUCACACUUAGAUAUGCCUUUUGUAGUAUAAUGUUAUCCCAGCCAUAAUACUCAACACCUGCUGCCUCUGUUUGUUUGCUUUCAUUCUUGCUCUUUAAUCAAAGACUGAUUGAGACCUGAAAUCCCAAGUGAUUGGACUCUCUGGCCAAUCAAUGACUCAAACAGAUCAAUUAACGACCAGGGAGGGCAGUAAAACAAUACCGCAGCCCUUUACCAGAAGAACAUAUGCAAUAAAUCCUCUGUACAUUGAAACACAUAUCCCUUUAUCAUUUUAAGUAUCUUAUUCUCCUGUCCUACCACCAGUACAACCUCUCUCUCUAUAAUGAUAUUAACUCAUUACCAAUUCCCCUUCUGCUUUUGAGGACAUCCAGGUUCAGGAAAACACUUAGGAGAGGGUAUUUUUCCAGCAUAAAUGUACAAAUAUACUUGAUAUAUAAUAAAUAAUAUAAAAUAAUUGGUAAUUUAGCAGACGCUCUUAUCCAGAGCGACUUACAGGAGCAAUUAGGGUUAAGUGCCUUGCUCAAGGGCACAUCGACAGAUUUUUCACCUAGUCGGCUCGGGGAUUAGAACCAGCAACCUUUCGGUUACUGGCACAAUGCUCUUAACCACUAAGCUACCUGCCGCCCUUAUAUAUAGCUCGAUAUGAUAUAUAGCUCGAUAUGUCCGGUCAUAGUCAUAAACUAUGUUAAUUGUUCUUCUGAUUGGUUUAAGGAUCACAUACUGUACAUGAUAUUGGUAAUACUCAUUGAUCUUGUAAUAAAUGAAUUAUAUUUGUGAUAUGUUACCAGGGCGACCUGAAGAGGUACCUGAGAGCCCAGAGGAAGUCAGAUGGGAUGACCCCUGACCUUCUGACCCGGGAGAUGCUGACCCUGCAGAGGAUGGCGUUUGAGAUCACCUCAGGCCUGCUGCACCUCCACGAGAAUAACUACAUCCACAGGUCUGUGAGGUCAUAUCCUGGCUCCAUCUGGCUCCAGUGGGGUUCCAAUAGCUCCAGUGAUUGAUUGAUUGAUUGGCAAUUGAGUGAUUGAUAAUACAUGGAUUAUGAUUGUUUUCUCUCUCCAGUGAUCUGGCUUUGAGGAACUGUCUCCUUACCUCUGAUCUCACUGUCAGAAUCGGAGACUAUGGGCUGUCGCACAACCACUACAAGGUAUGUGUGUGUGUGUGUGUGUGUGUGUGUGUGUGUGUGUGCACAUGCAUGCACGCUUACCCAUGUACUUUGCUUGAACCACCACAAUCUGUAGACUAGUUAUACCACAUUAUAAACUGGGUGGUUCGAGCCCUGAAUGCUGAUUGGCUGACAGACCGGGUAUAUCAGAUCGUAUACCACAGGUAUGACAAAACAUUUGUUUUUACUGCUCUAAUUACGUUGGUAAUCAGUUUAUAAUAGCAAUAAGGCACCUUGGGGAUUUGUGGUAUAUGGAUAAUGGCUGUAUCCAGAACAGCCCUUAGCCGUGGUAUAUUGGCCAUAUACCACACCCCCUCGGGCCUUAUUGCUUAAUUAUACCAUGUUAUUGUUGAAUACUCGUUUCUAAUUGGCUUGAAGGGCAUUCUAGAGUGUGCAUUAUUUCUCUAUAAUGCACAGUAUAUUUGCACGGUAUAAUUAAUUGGCUAUAGUUCUUACAUGUUCUAUGCUUGAGCUGCUUUUGAAAGCAAAAGCGAAUUGAAAACAUUAUUGGUAUUGUUGCAUUAGAUUUUCAUAAAAGCAAGCUAGGACUCAAAUUUGGUUAGCAAAACUAGAAAGUCUGUUUGUUUGGUUACCAAGGCAACUACUGUCUCUAUCUAGUGAACUUGCUAGCUACUUCAGUUGAUGUUGAACACAUUUCUAACUGCAAAUGAAAAAAAUUCUAGCAGUAAAUAUUUUAGAUUAUAGCCAUGGUAUAAAAGGGAUAAUCAACUCGGGGCUCUAUUCGUUCUCUGCAAAAUAAUGCAACUCCGUGGAAGGUUAGUUCCACUCCGCUAGCGUGUCGUGGAACACAACUUCCAGGUCGUUCAUUAUUUUCCAGAGAACGCAUAACCCCUCGUUGAUUAUCCCUUACGUAUUGCAUGUCCCUAAUGGCUUAUCUUCAAGUCCAUGUAUCCCUCUGUGUGUUGGUGUUUAUCUGUGUAGGAUGACUAUUACCUAACACCAGACAAGCUGUGGAUUCCUCUGAGGUGGAUAGCCCCAGAGCUGCUGGAGGAGUACAGAGGAUCUCUGAUCUUCACUGACCAGACCAAGACCAGCAACCUGUGGUACGUACCAUAACACAACCUGGCUCUAAAACAGACAAAUAAACUGAAUAUUUCAAUAAGCUGUAUUCUGUAUUUCUUAUCUAAUUUGAUUAUUUCUCUAUCCUCCAACUCUCUCUCUCUACUCCUAUUUUCUAACUCUCUCCCCUCUCUCUCCCCUCUCUCUCCCACUUCUCUCCCCUCUCUCUCCCACUUAUCUCCCCUCCCCUCUCUCUCCUAUCUCUCUCCCCUCUCUCUCUUUCCCCUCUCUCACCCCUCUCUCUCCCCUCUCUCUCCUCUCUCUCCCCCCUCUCUCCCUUCUCUCCCAGGUCUCUGGGGGUGGUGAUCUGGGAGUUGUUUGAGUUUGGUUCUCAGCCUCACAGACACCUGAGUGAUGAGGAAGUGUUGACCUUCGUCAUCAGAGAGAGGCAGAUCACCCUGGCCCAGCCACGGCUCAAACUCUCCCAUGCUGACUACUGGUCAGUGGGCCGUUUCUUGACUUUUGGCGCUCUAAUGAUAUACAGUACCAGUCAAAAGUUUGGACACACCUACUCAUUCAAGGGUUUUUCUUUAUUUUUACUAUUUUCUACAUUGUAGAAUAAUAGUGAAGACAUCAAAACUAUGAAAUAACACAUAUGGAAUCAUGUAGUAACCAAAAAAGUGUUAAACAAAUUAUUCAAAGUAGUCACCCUUUGCCUUGAUGACAGCUCUGCACACUCUUGGCAUUCUCUCAACCAGCUUCAUGAGGAAUGCUUUGAAGGAGUUCCCACAUAUGCUGAAUACUUGCUGGCUGCUUUUCCUUCACUCUGCGGUCCAACUCAUCCCAAACCAUCUCAAUUGGGUUGAGGUCGGGUGAUUGUGGAGGCCAGGUCAUCUGAUGCAGCACUCCAUCACUCUCCUUCUUGGUCAUUACUACAUGAUUCCAUAUGUGUUAUUUAAUAGUUUGAUGUCUUCACUAUUAUUCUACAAUGUAGGAAAUAGUAAAAAUAAAGAAAAACCCUUGAAUGAGUAGGUGUGUCCAAACUUUUGACUGGUACUGUAUGUAUUUGAUGAAGAAAGUGGUCGAUCACUUGUCUAGAUGUGUUACUCUAAAGGCCUCGUUUGUCAAUAAAUCAUUAAGGUCAAAGCUAAUAUAUGCGAUCCCCACAAACCUUCUAUUUUUAUAUUUUUAUAUUUUGGGGUGGUAGAUCAGCUUUAAUAUUGCAGAGAGAUUGUAGCUUCCAUCAAUGUAAUUGUCUGCAUCAUUUCCAACCCCCUUCUCUUUGUGUUUGUCUUUCCUGUCUUUCCUCUUCCAGGUAUGAGAUCAUGCAGUCCUGCUGGCUCCCUCCUUCCCAACGCCCCUCCAUUGCUGAGGUAUUCCUCCUCCUCUCCUCCCUCUUGGCCGCUGAGCGAGGGAUGUCCCGAAGGAGUGUGGGAGAGGACGAGGAGGAUGAGGACGAGGAGUAUGAGGAAGGGAGAGGAAGAAGAGGAGAGAGCGAGGAGUCAUUUGAGAGACGGUGGGAUUCUCUCCGUCCUCCUGCCUUCCAAGCUGCAGCGAGUGAACGACAGAGAGUGAGGGAGUAUGGGAGGGAUGACAGGGGGAACUCCUACCCUCUAUUGGACCCCGUGGGGAACUGCAUCACCCCAUCCUCCACAGAACUCGACGACAUCCUGACAGUCACGGAGACCAGCAAAGGGUUAAAUUUCGAAUACUUCUGGGAGAAGGCCCAUGCGAGGCGGGGCUACCAACCCCUUCCUCCUCCCCAGCCCAUCCCGACGGUCAACCCCUCCCACAGACAAUCUCUGGACACACCCACUGUUGUCCCGGUGAUAAGUGCACGUAGCCCCUCACUCGCCAGCGAGUACUUCAUCCGAUUGGAGGAGCACACCCCUCAGGAUAAGUCCCCAUCUCUUAAAGGGAAAACGCACUCUUUCCGUUCUGACUCGUUGUGUCCUGGAGAUCUGGAGCUAGUGGAGAUACGCAGUGGAAUGCUGGGGAAAGAACGCGCACCGUACAGUUCUGAUGAGGAGUACACUGGGCGAGGUGGGAAAUCCAUCCAGACCGUCCGAUCCAGCGAGGUCCAGCUAAGGGUCCCCAACACUGGGGUGGCAGAGUUCAAAGACACCUCCAGUAGAGUGACUGACUUCUCUGUGGUGGAUUUAGGAGAUGAUGAUGAGGAGGAGGGGGGUGAAGGAGACAGAAGGUCAUCCACUGGUUCUCAGGCUCCUGUCCUCCCUCCCAAGCCCCGUUCUAUGUCAAUCUCCUCGGGCAACCAUCUCCACUCGCGUCCCCUCCCUGCGCCUCCGUUGGGCUACCACCGAGUAGGGCUUGGACUGGGUCACUAUUCCAUGAGUGGUAAGAUAGAAACGAUGGACCCUCUGAUGGGCAGCUGCCUGCCAUCAUCAUAUAAUCACUUAGGGUUCCACCGUCCUCGUCAGACCAUGCCCCCCUCCCCGUCACUCUCCCCCUCCCUACCCCAGUCCAGCCACCCCAUCUACCCCACUCCCCAAACAUAUCCUCCCCCUCUCCCACCCCACUACAAGCCCCAAAGGGGCCUGUAUCACAGCUAUGGUGUAGGUAGCUACUCCAGAUACAGUAAGCCCCAGAUGUACUCUCAAAGAGACCCACUAUCCUGUGACUACUCAGACCGACAAGGUGGUGUACGGCGCGCAGCAUCCUUGCACAACACAAAGGGAACAUCCAAUUUCCGCUCAAAAGACUAUGACUCUCCCGUACGACGCCAGAACGUAUUUCGCCCUGUUUACCGUAACAUAUCCCGCUCCGAGUCCGGGGUCCCCAGAAUUGAGAGGCACUCAUCCUCCAGUCCCACCUAUUCAGAUGAGGAUGACUCCCCCUUUAUGUCCCCUGAGAAACCAAGUGGGGGAGGGACGACCGUCCUGACCUCUAGCGUGUCAGAGGAUACGGACCCGGCCACAGCCGAGCUCUUCUCCAGGGGUAUGAAGAGGACCCAGUCGCGCCUAGCCACCAUCCUGCCUGCCAUCUGGAGGGAGGACGCGGAACUGCAGGCGGAUAGCGGAACCGACGCCAAGAAAUCCCCCAUGCACCUGUUUCUGACUGAGAUCUCUAGUGUGUCAGAGUCAAAUGAUGCCAAGUCCGAGGAGGGAAGGACCUCAUGGGAGGGAGAGACAGAGCGGGAGAAGAAAAGGGAUGGGGAGAGCUCAGGGAACUUCCUCCAGCCCUUGAGAGGGGGGAUGCGUCGGUCCCGGUCGUUGGUCACAGAGCUGGGCUCUGCAGAACAGACAUGGGGGCCAGACAGAAACACACAGAUGGGGACAGAGGUGGAGAGGGUGAGGAAAGGAUCCAUCCAGAGAGAUCUAUUCCUCACUGAGAUCACAGACAUAGGAAGGACAGAUGCAGACAUGGAGGGAGAUCCGGAGAGAGACCCGGUGAAGUUCCUCCACCCUCCUGGCUCCAGAUCGCGUCCCUACACCUACACCUAUACCAGCGCCCCCGGCCUCCCGUCCUACGCCGAGGCCGAGGAGGCAUACUCCAGGGGCAUGAGGAGAUCCCGAUCCCUCCUCUCCGAAAUCACUGUGGGGAGGCAGGAGUCAGAGUCACAGGAGAUGGAGAAGGAGACGCAGAAGGGAGAGAUGACCAGAGAGGAGUUCCUGAAGGAGAUCCAAUCAGCAGAGACCUUUUUGACGGAGAUCAUAUCGAGACAAAACGCAACCGCCUCCAACAAGCAUUGCGAGGACUUGUCUCAGUCACCCACUCCAAUGUCACCAGAAUAUGAGUCAAUAUGCAUCGAUCCUGACUCCUCUCAGACCAUCAGAUUCCAAUCAGAGAGUUCCAUACGUGCGUCAAACAGAGGCAAAGACGAUGUAGCACCGGAGGCCAUUUACGCCCAAGUGACCAAACGUGCAAAAAAGAGUGAGAUAAAGGUCACUAUACGGCCUGAGAUCCCAGUACUGCAAAUAGGAUCAAAUAAGCAGUCUGUCAAAAGGAAGAGGAAUCUCCCACAGACAUGACCUGCCUCAACGACUCACCCAGCUCACUCACAGAUCCCACCGCUGACACCAACUCUCACCCAGACUCUCAGCCCCAGCCUGGUGAUUUUGUGUUCUCAGAGAUAAAGCCCAAAAACGGCCUCCUCCUUGACCAAACGUCCCCCAGUACGAAAACAGAGGAGGACGUUUCAGUAGGUCCAGCCUUACCUGUAAGAGAAACACAGAGAGUUAGAGAUAGGGUAGAGCUCUCAAGACAAUCACAAGUUCAGUCUUCAUCUCAGGACAGCGUUACUGGAGAAGUGGAAGAAUCUGAAAAGAAACCCUGUGAUGAUGAGUCACCUAUUUCUGUAGAUGAGACAGAGAGCAGGGGUCAGAAUAAUGUUGGGAAAAGGAAUUGUGAGAGAAUGAAAGGUUAUGCUGAGGUCAGAGAUACAGGGCAAGGAUGUCAGAAGCAGGAAGUUGUUGAUGAAAAUUUACAUGACUUAAAAACAGAGACAUCAGAAACAGAUAGAGCAUGUCAAAUUGAAUCUAAAGAUCACAAGGAAGAAGGGUCAGAGAGUUCAAAAGGUUGUGACAGUCAAAUGAAGAGCGACACAUCACAUUGUUCUAAUGCUCAGUCACACAACCCAAAUGUUGAAAGCUAUUUAGAAAUCAACAGACAGAAUUCACAGAUCAACCAAGAAGGAAGGUCAGACCCAAGUCAAAAGAGCCCUGCAGCCGCUCCCACCACCCCAGACUGGGACUCAUCCUCUGACCUCUCUCUAUCCACCAUGACCCCCUCAGACUCAUUCCUCUCAUCUUUGACCCCCAGUUCAGCCGACUGUCUGACUCCAGGUGACCCGUGUGUUGGAGGGGAAAUACCAGGUGGUUGGAGGGUUCUGGGGACAGAAACCCCCCACAGAGACUCCGCCUACUUCUCUGACAGUGACUGGGAAGGGGAGGGGCUUAGCAGGAAGGGCAGUGAUGGACUGAGCGUGACCAGACCCAGCAGCGGACGAGGCGGAGAGAGGGGGACGCUGACAGGAAUAGAAGAGAAGACAGAAUUGGAGGAUGAGGGAGAAACCGGGGGAAAGAGUCCCUUGAAGAGGAUUUCAAAUAAGGGAAUUGAAAUUGAGAGGGAAAAGGAGACAGUUCUUGAACAGAAUGCUCAUGUGCAGGAUAUCUCUCAAAACAGUGAUGGUGGAUAUAAAGACAGGUCAAGUAUUCAAGAGAACGAUCUCAGUCUGAAUGAAGUAGAACAUAAAACAGGGCUAGAAUCAGAACAGAGAGAAGAUUCUGGAAUAUUCCACAAUGAGAGGGGAGAGUCAGAUGAAAAGAGGCUAGUCCAUUCGCGACUACUGUCUGAUAACUCACAGAGCAAGGAUAACAAUGAGUUUAUAGCUAAGCUGUUCUCUAAUUUAGAUGAUGAACCUCUCAAAGGGUUCCCUUACAAUGAUGGAACUCAAAUUGGUAAUCAUUACACAGAAGGUGUGAUUUCUCAUGUGGAGUCAAAUGAUUUUAGAUUCCAUGAUUCCACAGACAAAGACUUGACAUUGCCUUCUAAUAAUACCACUAAGACAGAUUGUUUGAAAUCAAUAUCUGGCAUUCAGACAAAGGAUAACAAACUUGAGAAUGAAGAACUUCCAGGUAUUGAAGAGAGAGACAAUGAUCAUUCCGUAAAUGACACUACGGAACCAGUGACAGCGUCACACGGUGACCAUGAUAACAGAGAGUCCAGGCUAUCUAGGUUCUAUGGUAUUCAAACCAGCGAGGUCAAACUCAGUGACAAUAUUCCGGUAGUACUGGAGCCCAAUGAUGGAGAGAGCACCAAUGACGAAGAGAGCAAACUGGCCUGUUCUUUCUGGGCCGAGGGGGACACUGAGGGGUCUGAAAGAGAAGAAGGGAAAGGUCUGGAGAUUCAACACACAGACGCCAAUGAGCUUGGCCUGAGAAACCUGUGUUACUCAGAGGAGAGCGAAGACGAGAGGGCCAAGGCCAAAUCAGAGACAGAGAAACAGCUUGCCGCUGGAGAGCUGUGUAACGCCAUGAAGGAGAAAUCUCCUCAGAGAGGACCAGUGACAGGGAGCCAGAGUGGGUCUUUGAGCAGGGAUGGGUCUGCUGAGACUGUGGACAGGGAGUCGUCAAAGGAUCUGGAGUUGAAGGCUAAAGAGCUGUGGAACACUUUGGAGGAGGACGAGGGGAGAGGGGGAGGAGCGGUGAGGGGGGAGUUCGACUGUCAUCGCUUCCAGCAGGGAGACCUGCACCUGUGGCCAUCGGAGAACGAUCAGUGGGCCUCGCCGGAGAACAGAAACCAGGAAGCUGAACUCGGGUUGGAAUUCUUCUCAGGGUUCGGAAAGGCCUGGGAGGAGAGGGAGCAGCUGGUGGUAGGCCGGGAAUUCUGGGAGGCUGAGGAGAACGAUGAACUGGCGGGGAGUGAGCCUCAUCCAGCCGUCCUCCAAGAUAGUGAAGAUACUUCUAAUGACGAGAGGCAGAGGCAGGGACGGGCAGCCUACCUGGAAAUGGAGGGAGAAUUGUCCCAGAAACAGGCUCUCUCCAUUAGCAUUGACAGCCAACUAUCCCAGGCACUAGAUGUACAGCAAGAGGAAAAUAUAGAAAAUCCAGAUAGGUUUGACGAUGAUGAGCAAAAUGUUGAAGGUAAUCAGCUGGCGGUUGAGGUCGAAAACCGAGAAAUCCCAGAGCAUGAGACCUUUGCAAGAGGGAGGGAGCAGUUCAGGUCACUCACGGAGACGGGUGGAGACAGUGAAAGUCAAACUGCAUCUCUUCUAAACGACUUGGAGGGAAACAUUCCUCUAGACGAGGGAAAUCAGAACUUCAACAGGUUGAAUCAUCUCAGUGAAGUCCAAAUGGAAGAAGGGGCAAUGGCCGAAAAUAACAUAGAAAAAGAACAGGACUUUGAAUUAGACAACCAUCUUGCUCCCACAGUAAAGAGUAUACAUUUGGGUGUAUCUAUCUGCCUCACUGGAGUACCACAGGUAGAUUUGUCAGGAUUAGAAGAUAUUGAGCCAAGGAUACGCAUUGAAGAAGCUGCCUCUACUCACCAGCUUGUGGGGGAGGACAGAGAAGGGGGAGUAGUCAUUGUAAACACAGGUGAGGAUUUGAGAGACAUAUCUCUUCCAUGUGACCCUGUGUCUUAUCCCAAUGAUAAUGGCUUGGAGGAUAUAGUCUCUUGUACAGAUCUGUCUGGUUCACAAGGAGACAACUUUCAGUUCAGUUCUGUAGACUUUCCCAGCCCUCCUCCUAGCAUAGACCUUGAUAUGCAAGAAGACAGGUUGCAGAGUUUGGAUGAUUCUUUUCCUAGUCCCCCACCUUCUGUUGUAGAAAUAGAGGACGAUAGCGGUCUUAUAAACCUUGAUGAUUUAGGGUCAGAUUUCAUUACCAGUGCUGAGACAGACCCACCAAUGCCCCCCACUCCUCACACUGAUAUCCCCUUACCACCCACCACAACCCACAGCAGAGGGAUCUCUGCAAACCUCGACCUUUCACCUGUGCGUCCAAAACUUCCAUUAUUCUCAGACGAAAGCCAGAACCAGAGCCGCCUCACAUCCAACAUGUCCGAGGAUGACAGAAAUAACCUGUCCCAGAAAAGCACAACCACCGCCACCACCACCACCACCCUCCCGUCAUUCCCCCAGAGUCCCCUCAACACCAUCCCGGAGAUGUUGAUCUCUGAGUGGAAGGAUUUGGACGAGGAGCCUUUGGAGGAUUUUGAGAAACUGGAGCAGCUGUGCUGCAUAUCCGGGGAUGAAGAGGACACCCUGGGUGACCUCUUCCUGGGGAAUCUGGAGCUGUUGGAUUCUAUGAAGAAGGCGCCUAAACAGAAAGCUAAGAGCGCUGGGGAGAGUGUUAAAGGUGAAGAGACCUUUGGGACCUUCAUGCCUGAAGGGAAGAGGAGAGUGGAACUGAAAGAGGAAGUUGACGGAAUCUCUGAGAGCGCUGACUGGCUGGCCAGGUUGGCUCCAUCGGCGGUCCAGGAUAUCCCAACUGGGGCCAAACUUUCACCUCAGGAGGAGAAGCGUGAACUACAGUUCCCAUCAGCCCUUUCACCAUGUCAUUCUCCUGACUCCAAGGACCAGAGGUCACUUUCCAAGAUGCCCACUAAAAAUGGCCUAAUGAUGCAGGUGAGCAUUAGCCUUGCGUUUUAACCCCAAGUUGCACAACUUUGUACAUGUAUGAAAGUAUAAGCCUACACAAUUUACAAUAUACAUUUUCCUGAAUAUGUUUUAACGUUCAUACCACUAUUAUCUGUUUCCCUUUCUUCAGGUGUGUGAGGAGAGACUGCAGUUCUCUCUCUGUGAGAAUGUUAAAACGAACAUCCUUCGGGGGGCGACAGUGAGCGACAGCGUCAUUCUCCGCCCAUGGGGGGACGAGCCCUUAAAUGGGAGCGGAGACACAGUCAGUGUGAAGGAUGUAGGAAGGUAUGCGCUCUCUAUCACAGGAGGUUGGUGGCACCUUAAUCGUUGAGGAGGGGCUCGUGGUAAUGGCUGGAGCGGAAUAGGUGAAUGUCAUCAAAUACAUCAAACACAUGGUUUGAUGCCAUUCCAUUGGCUCCGUUCCAUCCAUUAUUAUGAGCCGUUCUCCCCUCAGCAGCCUCCACUGCUCUCUAUGUAUUUUGAGAUUUAUCAAACUAUUGUGGUGAAUGAUGACAGACAGACAGAUAAUAAAAUAAGAGGUCUUUUUUUCUGUUCUUAGCGAAGAGGAGCCGGACCCCGAACCCAGUUCUGAACCCCAGAGUGAGUCUGAUUCGACUGACAGUGAACCACUGACUGUGAUCGAGCAGCCAGAAGUUACACCCCUUCAGCCUGUGGCAAACCAAGCAAUGAAAGGUACCUCCAGACUUUUUUUGUGUGUGAAGAUUUUUAUGAAAUAGGAUGUAGCAUUGUUCACAUUCACCCGCUCUGCAGGUGUGUAAAUUGUGUGUGUAAAUGACAUGUUCUAAUGGAUAGAUUGCUUUUUGACACAAUCUUUCAUGUCUCAGUUUUUUAUCUAUUCCUCUCUUUUCUUUUACAGCCAAACUGGCUCGCCUGUCCCUCUCCCUCUCCCUCCCUCCUCUCCCUCUUGCUCUCCCUCUCUCCUCCAGUCCCAAGGGAGGGUUCAGGGAGGGGGGGCUACACAGAGACAGGAGUGGGAGACGGAGGGGUGUGUCCACAGGAAGUGACCCCGAUGAGGAUGAGGAAGAAGAGCCGGAAGACGAAGGCUCCAGGAGGGUGAUUGUUGUCACGGAAACAGACGUUGGCAAAAGGGUGGGGCUUAGGAGUCUGCUGAAGUCACCAAGGGAACCGAUAGACAAAGAGAAAGACAGAGGGAGAAACGUCUCCUUUUUUGAUGAUGUCACUGUCUAUCUCUUUGAUCAGGUGUUUGUUUAGUUUUUUCCCCCCUCAUAUAUUGAGUCAAGUUACUCACUUUCACUAUAUUGGAUGUACAUGUACUGUCUCAGCUCUGUUUCAGUCCCUGACUCUUCAUCUCUGUUUCUGAAACAGGAAAUUCCAACCAGUGAGCUGAGUAGUUCCACCCCCACUAAUCCAGCUCCAGCUCCAGCUCCUGGCAAAAGCACUAAAUUAGAUUUACAUGGUACGUACUACGUAUGCAUGCAUGUUGCUAUUAGAAACCAUAUAACGGUCCUGUACAUCAUUCACUUCUGAGAGCGAAUAGAAAACGUUUGAUGAAAUCACUACAAUAGCGAGCACCUAUUGGAAAGCUCCCAUCUGAUCCCCACCCACUGAAAUUGAGAACACCUCACACCAACCCUUUUUCUAAAUAUUCACCCCCAAAAUGUAUCUCUUGUAAUUAUCCCCUGUAUAGACCCCCUGGUUCGAUUCCAGGCUGUAUCACAACCGGCCGUGAUUAAGAGUCCCAUAGUGCGGCGCACAAUUGGCCCAGCGUCGUCCGGGUUUGGCCGGUGUAGGCCAUCAUUGUAAAUAAGAAUUUGUUCUUAACUGACUUGCCUAGUUAAAUAAAGGUAAAAUACAAAAAUAAAAAUCCCCCACACACUGUGACAUGGGAAAUUGAGUGGGGACAUAAAUCUGGUGCUCAACAAUACACGUCUAAAUGUGUUUUCCACCCUAUCUCCAGAAGCCGUCCGCUCUCAGUCUCUCCCACUGAUCGCUUCAUUUCACAGAAUAAUGAGAGUUUUGGCUGAUCCCCUCUGGGUGUUUUGAAUAGACUGUAUAUAGAAAAGCAUCAACACCAAAAUAAUAUACUUUCAUGAUCUUUGUCAGCAUGCAGAGUUGAACAGUUCAAAGCUUUGCAAGGAGAGAAAGUUUAUUUUUAACUUGGGAGUGUGGGCCUUUUUGUGCUUCGGUUCUGCAAGAGGAUGUUUGUACACACAUAUACAGUAUAUUAACUAAUGAUAUACCAUUUAUGUCAAAAAAAAUCUUACAUAUAUUUUUUAAAUAACAUUUACUGUUUUAUGCUUUUGUUUAUGUUUUAUGUUGCAGGGGUCAAUUCGAUUUUAUGAAAUGUGUUAUAAUGUAUCCCCUGAAUUCAAAUGGAAUUUUCUCCAACCCUAGUACAGUAUGAUUUUGUAUGUCAUAGUUGUAGUACAGUAAUUCCGUAAUUCCCUUACUUACACCAUGCUCCUGUCUUUCUACCAGGAGCAAACAGCAAAGGCAAAGACUCCAAAAGAAAAGGGGACUUGUCAGUCAAACCGAGGUCGCCCGUGGGGGCCAACCCUGUGACAUCCUCGCGUUUUACCGUCAGCCCAGCCGAUGAUCCCCCACUUGGUGUGAGGCAGGGUUCCAGAAUCCUCCGAGUUGUUCUGUAACCCUCAGAACAGGAACCUUCUGAGAGUGGCCAGUGGAUUCCCACCCCAACCAUAACCAUUCUCAGAGGCUAUUUUUUUAUCGAUCAGGCAACGGAAAGAAAAGACUCCCGUUCUAGAAGCUGGACACAUUCCAGGUUUUACCAGCUACCGGUCCUUGUACGAGAAAGGUUGUUGAUACAAUAACUCCUUCCCUUUGCCACUGUCUCCAAGGGUCGAUUUAUAGACACUGGCUGGAAGGGGUUGAUGGCAAAGGCAGUUUGUCCUAGACAAAGAAGAGUCUGGAGCUUUGUAAAAUCUGAAACGCAUUUGACGGCUAUGCAAUGGGAGUCAUUGUGUACCAGCUUACCUUCUCUUUACCUGCUUCUUUCGGUUGUCUUUACCCAGUAUGUACUGGGGGAUGCACUUUCUUUUAGUCAUGUAUCUGUCUAUGUGUAAGCUUGGAUUUAAAUCUUAAGUUUGUAAAAAACGAUUUUCAUUGCAGUCAGUCAUAUUUUUAGGCAGCAGUUGGGGCCAGAAAACAUCCUAACUCCUGUAUUUGAGCAUACUCAUUCAACAUUUGUACAAAGAUAGUGAUACAAGUGUAUACAAUAUCAUUUUAGAGCUGUUUAAUUUAGAUGUAUUCUUAGACUGCACGAAAAGAUGAAAACAAGCUGUUUCUAUAUACUUUUAUUCUAAAAGACUAUGUCUAGCUAUUAUUUAUUUAAUUGAUUAUUUAUUUAUUUAAAAAUCAUUUCCAUGCUAUGUAAAUAUUGUUUGGGAAACCCUGCUCUAAUGUAUCUAUAACAUGUUUCAUUAUUUUCUAAUAUGAUUCAAUGUAUAGUUGUCUUGUCAUAAUUUUACUUUGUUUGAGGACAAUUGAUGUAGCUUAGCAUGAUAAAAUGGAAGCUUCUCAUCGGUAAAUAUCUCCAAAAGUUAAUGUAUUUGUUGAUUUACAUUCAUUUUCUACUAAUAACAACCCAUCAUGCAGUCAAGCUCCAACUAGUCCCUUUGUUUAGUCUGUUUCAACAUCCGUUUAAAACCUGUAUUGUUUAAAGAAUGGGUUUCAUGGGAUACUGUAUAAAACCAGGGGAAAUAAAAACAACAUAAAAACUGUGAAACAUUUAUUGAACUGUUUUAUGAAAAUAAAUUGUACUGUC